AUGAAUGCUACGAAUUCCAAUCAUGCAAUCUUUGGGCGCAAAGUUGCAUUACUUAUUGGUAAUCUAAAUUAUUGCGAAAACGACGGUCAACUUUAUCAUACGAUCGAUGAGAUCAAUGAUGUUUUACGAACUAUAAAUUUUCAUGUAGAAAAACAUCACGACUUAUGUAAUUCAGAAACGAUUAAUAUCUUUCCUGAGUUUUCAAAGACAAUUCUCGAUGGUGAUUUAGUUUUAUUCUAUUUCUCCGGUCAUGGUUGUGAAAUGGACAGAAAGAAUUAUUUAUUACCAAUCGACGAUGAGUUCAUUGAAAAGAAGGAAGAAAUUGAAAAUUGUGUAGUUCAUAGUGAACAGAUUCUUCAUCGGUGGUUACAAUAA